AUGCUGGGUGAGUCCUUGCGCAAACGGGCCAAAACGGCCUGUCGACCUUGCAGGGAGCGGAAAAGGAAGUGCGAGGGUGGGAUUCCUUGUUCAGCCUGCAGACACUUCGAGUACAAUUGCGUCGUCGAUCGACGACCCCGGUCAAGCAGUGUUUCUAGGCGAACGCUCGAUCGUGGGGUUCGAUCCAGCGUUUCGUCCCCACCGUCCGAAACCGAUCAACCCCAGCACAUUCACGACCAACGAAAUGCGCCCGUACGGACUGAGCAAACACAGCUCCGCUCAUUGGAGGCGAAUUCGGGCGCGGUAUUUGCUCGGAAUCUUGGUCUGACAGCUGAUUCGACGCGCCUUAAGCGGCUACAGCUUUCGGCGUGGAAUCUAGGAUUGAGAGAUGAAGGGACACCCGCUGAUGUUGUUCCGAGACCGAUCGUCGAAACCAUCAGCCUGAGCGAGAUGGAAGCCUUGGCCACCGUCUACUUUAAAGAAAUCCAUGCUGUUUACGGAUUUCUGGACGAGAACAGUGUUCGGAGGCUGAUAGCCACGCGCUGGUAUGACAACGCCACUAUGCAAUCAUACGACUGUGUCGAUUCUGUCCUCUGCGGAAUUGCCGCCCUAGGCUGUGUGUUCUCCAAACAGCCGUUGAGCCUCGAAAUGCAGCUUGCCAAAUCCGCCCAGACUGCUCUAGCACAGUCUGUUCUACUCCCUACCCCAUCCACGGAUGAUGUCGUGGCCUGGUUACUUCGGGUCAUGUACCUGAGGCUGACCGCCUCGCCCCAUAUCACCUGGAUGGCGACCUGUACGAUGAUGCAUGUCCUGGAAGCUGCCCGCCUACACUUUGACGAGGGUGACGAGCCGCUACCCUCGAGCAACGGCGGAGAAGGAGGCCGAGAGAGCCGUCGGAGGAUCUACCUAGUCGCCCAGCUGUUCAAUAUCUGGAUUUCGUUUGACUGUGGCCGAUCCAGGGUCGAACUUCGGGGUGCCUCGUGUCAGCUCCCGUCGCCCGACCCUGGCGGCAUCAAACCCGAGCUACUCGAACUCUACUUAGUCUCGGAGAUUCUCUCCCCCGACAAAUACCAGACUGUGCCCGAGCUGGAGAACCUGUUGCGAAGGGCCCUCGACGUGAAGUCCGCGCAGCCCAUGCUGGUGCUGGUACAGUGUAACGUGAUGCUUUGCAUAUACCGUCGACUGCGGGUGCAAGGGUCAAGUCCCAACACGGAGACCCUAGAGCGGAUGCUGUCGGCUUUGUCCAAGGCCGUCGACGCCGCUCGCGUGCUGCUAAGAACCGAACGGCCUUGGUGGCACGUCGCCAACGUGACCUUCCAAGCGGCCUGCGCCCUUCUCGCCAUCGACACGAGCCUGUCUCUCGCCCAACUCAUCCAGCCCCUCAAGGCUCUCGAAGACGUCAGCGCACAUUACAAGACGAGCGCGACGCGGGAGGCCUACGACGCCGCGCGCGUGCUGGUCGGCGUUCACCGCAAACGCAAGGAACUCGACAUCGCCAGACUCGACGGCGUGCUCCAGGAAUGUCAAUCGCACAAUAUCCCAGACUCGAAUGACAACGACAUCGACACCACAGGCAACGGCGACCAAUGGUAUCAUCAUCCUGCGAUGCCCGCGUCCCUGGGCACCAACCGGAUGGGACUGGGCGAGCUUGAGUGGGAGCAGUUUUUCAACCUAGAUCUUCCCUGA